AUGGUCAGCGAAAUGGAAGCGGUUAAAACUAACUCGGUUAACAACUCGGCUUAUCUGGCCAGCCAAGUUACCCAGCAUACUGCUCAAAGUGUGGGCGUAGAGUUUGUGCGUCAGUACUACACUAUGCUUAACGUCGCUCCUGGCCUUCUCUACCGGUUCUACAGCGAAGACUCCACCUUUGUUCACGGUUGUCUGGACAAGCAUGGUGAGGUGGUUCAGUGCGUUCGAGGACAGAAGCAGAUCAACUCAAAGAUUAUGUCCUUGAACUUUAACAACUGCCACACCAAGAUUCGUCAAGUCGACAGCGUGGAGACUAUCAAUUCCGGCGUUGUCAUUCAGGUUAUUGGUGAACUUUCCAAUAACGGUCAGCCUCUUCGACGAUUUCUUCAGACUUUUGUGCUGACCCCACAAACUCCCAACAAAUACUAUGUGCGGAACGAUAUCUUCAGAUACCAUGACGAAGUGUUCGGCGAGGAGAAUGAGCCUCCAGUCUUGGCUGACGUCACUGAGGCUAAAAAUGAAAACCGCUCUGAGCCCGAAAACUUUAAGCAAGUCGAGCCGGCUGAAAAGGACUCCUUUUCUUACCAGUCUAAUGGAACCUUAAACAGCAGCACUACCGCUGUUACUGACCACGUUGAUACCGCGAAUGAGUCGGCUGACUUGCCGGAAGACUUGGAACCGGCCAAGGAAAGCAACACGUCUGCUGAGGCCGUCAACACCAGCCUGGUGGUUGAUGUCAGCACCGAAUCGAAGGACGCCAACUCCGAAGAAGAGCAACUCGAACAGGUCUCGGGUGGUAGUGCUCAUAUCACUCAUUCGAGCCCGCUUUUGAACGAGCCUAAAACUUAUGCCUCAAUGCUGAGCAAAAGUUUUCAGGCUGGGGGUGCUCCUCCUGCUUUGAUUCCUGCACCCAGCAAACCAGCUGUCACUCCUGUGAGCUCUGUUGCCCCGGCAGUCCCUACCAGCUCGGCUCCCACUCUCAACAACGUGGACACCAACAUCGUCAUUGACGUAACAAUGAACGUUACGGCUCCGCCCACUCUGGCUCCCAAAACUACUGGAAACUUCCCACCCCAACGUGAUCGUUAUAUUAAGAAGACCUACAACAACGCCAAUAACAUGAACAACACCGCCAGCGCCAACACCAAUAACCUCACAACCAACGUCAACAUCAACAACAACAACAACAACAGGCGAAAUGAGUCUCGCGAGAGCAUCAAGAAUGACAGCGACUCUGGUGAAGGUGACACCAGUUACAACUCUGUCCAAUCAAAAAAGCCUUUUCCCGCUCCCGAUGAUCACCAGCUCUUUAUCGGAAAUCUAUUGCCCAACUUUUCAGAAGAAGAAUUGGCCGAAAUCUUUGGUCGGUACGGCAAAAUCGUCGACAUCCGCAUCAAUCGACAGGUCUACAAAGGUAGCUCAAAAGCUCCCCGCAACUAUGGAUUUAUUACCUUUGAAGAUUCUACCGUGGUGGACCAGAUUGUUGCCCAAAAGCCAAUUUUCCACGGUAACCAUCGCUACAAUGUAGAAAAGAAACAAGGAAGAACUGUGUUCAAUCGCGAUGAUCGCAACCGGGAUGACAACCGAGUCCGCAACAAUCAGCUCAACACUGGCAAUCUUUCUCGCAAUGGAAGCAACGUCUCCAACAAUCCUUCCACCUUCCAACGCCAUGGUCCGAUGAACUCUGGAGGCCUUAACCAGGGCAACUAUGUUCCGCGUGCCGAUCGUCGCCCAGGUCAGGGAUACCAAAAUCAAGGCACUAGGACUUUUACCGGCGGCCAGAGUUACUCCAACCGUAACACAUUUGCCAGUGGUGGUGGCGGUAGCCAUCCUCCACAGAACCGUUAA